AUUCAAAUAAUUAAAAUUUAAGUAAAUCAAAAUCUUCAUUUUCCUGAUUGUAAAGUUUCUUCAUUGGCGCUGACUAAAAGAUCUCCGAUCAUUCUUACUGACGAACCAAAAAUAAAAAAUAAAAAAAAAACCCUAGAUAAGCUUCCUUAAAUUCUCAGUUUUCCAAUCAAAUUUUAUUGAAAAAUCGCCAUGACUACCGGUGAAUUCAUCAAUAUUUAUCCUACCGAGCUCAAAUUCCCAUUUGAGUUGAGGAAGCAGAGUUCAUAUUCAUUGCAAUUAAGUAACAAGACUGAUCAAUACAUUGCAUUUAAGGUUAAGACAACCAACCCUAAGAAGUACUGUGUUAGGCCUAAUGCUGGUGUUGUUUUGCCUGGUUCUUCAUGCAAUGUCACAGUUACAAUGCAAGCACAGAAAGAGGCACCUCCUGACAUGCAGUGUAAGGAUAAGUUUCUAAUUCAGAGCGCUAUAGCGCCCAAUGGUACGACUAAUAAAGACGUCACCCCAGAAAUUUUCAAUAGGGAGGAUGGGAAAGUUGUUGAUGAAUUUAAAUUGAGGGUUGUUUAUGUUCCCGCAAAUCCUCCCUCUCCCGUGCCUGAAGGGUCUGAAGAAGGUGGUUCUCCCAGGGCCUCGUUGACUGAAGAUGAUAGUAAAAACUCUUCGCUUUCAGAAGCAGUUGCACGAUCUUUGGAGGAGCCCAAAGCAAAAUCAUCCCCUUCAGAGGCAUGGUCUUUGAUUUCGAGGUUGACUGAUGAGAAAGCGUCUGCUCUUCAACAAAAUCAGAAGUUACGUCAGGAAUUGGAGCUGGUAAAAAAAGCAAUCAGCAAAACCAAUGCUGGUGGCUUCUCAAUGUUGUUUGUCGUGCUGAUUGGUUUUAUAGGUGUUUUGGUUGGAUACCUGAUCAAGAAGACGUAGUUGGAAGGAGACGCUCUCUGAUUCAUUAGUUGCAUGCCCAGAAAAACUUGAUGGCGUUGGAGAAUUUUAUUUUUCCCCUUCUUUAAAGACUUCUGCAUUAGAAGUAGGCCAUUCUGGAGUCAUCUAUAGUGUAAAAAUGUUUUAGUCCAUUAUGUAUGAUGGGCAUUUGAAGACUUGAUUCGAUUUGAUCUAGGGUAGGAAUUGGGCUUCCUUGGAAUGGUUUGCAAUCUUCUUAUUCAAUCCAUGUGAACAAGUAGUUGUUGCCAGAUUUUGAUAGAAUUUUAGAAAGAGAUAAAUUUUGGAACUCAAGUUUCUUAUUAUCAAGUGUCUCUGAUUGGGUCUGUGGGCGUGCUUUCCUGGAAAAGCCGAUGGACUUUCUUUUUAUUUUUCUGGAUAACUUGCUAAUGCUAUUCAGUGUUCAAAACUAUUCUAUAUAUCCAAUGCUUUUCCUGAA